AUGUCGCCAUCAUUCACAACAACUGCAAAUCAAACUCUUCUCACCACAGAACUAUCCACAGAAAUGCCAUCUUUAUCCUCUACUGAAGGCAUACAUUCACCAUCAACUCCCCAUUUGGCAACAACUGGCACAUCUCCAAGCAGUAUAAUUUCGGACUCGGCAGUGACUGCCACUUCAAGCACUAAUGAAUACAUAUCAGUCGACAUGACUGAACAAUCCAGUCAAACUGCAGAAGUGUCAGGGAAAACAAGUGAACAAACCCCAGUGACAUCCUCCACAAAUGGAACAAGUCCUUCAUUUCCAACAACAGGAACAACAGAAUUCAGCUCCACAACGCUAGUGACAAUGGCAACAGAAGGCACAAUCCAGACAAGCCCAAAAGCGCCUACAUCAGAGGAAUCAGCAAGUCCCACUGUGUCUUCUUCAACUGAAGAUAUCCUUUCAACGCCAUUCAACUACUCAACACCCAUACCCUUAACAACGCAUCCAUCAGUCAGUUCUGAACUGACAGCAACAACCUCAACAGAGUACACAUCAAGUAAAAUAACUGGACAAACUUCUGAAUCUUCACCAGCACCAGACCAAACAAGCCAGCAAUCGUCAACAUUUCCAACCACAGAUGACCACGGGGCAUCAUUUUCAACAGUUGAAUAUAAUUCCACAACGAUGUCGCCAUCAUUCACAACAACUGCAAAUCAAACUCUUCUCACCACAGAACUAUCCACAGAAAUGCCAUCUUUAUCCUCUACUGAAGGCAUACAUUCACCAUCAACUCCCCAUUUGGCAACAACUGGCACAUCUCCAAGCAGUAUAAUUUCGGACUCGGCAGUGACUGCCACUUCAAGCACUAAUGAAUACACAUCAGUGGACAUGACUGAACAAUCCAGUAAAACUGCAGAACUGUCAGGGAAAACAAGUGAACAAACCCCAGUGUCAUCCUCCACACAUGGAACGGGUCCUUCAUUUCCAACAACAGGAACCACAGAAUUCAGCUCCACAACGCUAGUGACAAUGGCAACAGAAGGCACAAUACAGACAAGCCCAAUAGUGCCUACAUCAGUGGAAUCAGCAAGUCCCACUGUGUCUUCUUCAAGUGAAGAUAGCCUUUCAACGCCAUUCAACUACUCAACACCCAUACCCUUAACAACGCAUCCAUCAGUCAGUUCUGAACCGACAGCAACAACCUCAACAGAGUACACAUCAAGUAAAAUAACUGGACAAACUUCUGAAUCUUCACCAGCACCAGACCAAACAAGCCAGCAAUCAUCAUUUCCAACCACAGAUGACCACGGGGCAAUGCUAGUGACAAUGGCAACAGAAGGCACAAUCCAGACAAGCCCAAUAGUGCCUACAUCAGAGGAAUCAGCAAGUCCCACUGUGUCUUCUUCAACUGAAGAUAGCCUUUCAACGCCAUUCAACUACUCAACACCCAUACCCUUAACAACGCAUCCAUCAGUCAGUUCUGAACCGACAGCAACAACCUCAACAGAGUACACAUCAAGUAAAAUAACUGGACAAACUUCUGAAUCUUCACCAGCACCAGACCAAACAAGCCAGCAAUCUUCAACAUUUCCAACCACAGAUGAACACGGGGCAUCAUUUUCAACAGCUGAAUAUAAUUCCACAACGAUGUCGCCAUCAUUCACAACAAGUGCAAAUCAAACUCUUCUCACCACAGAACUAUCCACAGAAAUGCCAUCUUUAUCCUCUACUGAAGGCAUACAUUCACCAUCAACUCCCCAUUUGGCAACAACUGGCACAUCUCCAAGCAGUAUAAUUUCGGACUCGGCAGUGACUGCCACUUCAAGCACGAAUGAAUACACAUCAGUCGACAUGACUGAACAAUCCAGUCAAACUGCAGAAGUGUCAGGGAAAACAAGUGAACAAACCCCAGUGUCAUCCUCCACACAUGGAACAGGUCCUUCAUUUCCAACAACAGGAACAACAGAAUUCAGCUCCACAACGCUAGUGACAAUGGCAACAGAAGGCACAAAACAGACAAGCCCAAUAGUGCCUACAUCAGAGGAAUCAGCAAGUCCCACUGUGUCUUCUUCAACUGGAGAUAGCCUUUCAACGCCAUUCAACUACUCGACACCCAUACCCUUAACAACGCAUCCAUCAGUCAGUUCUGAACCGACAGCAACAACCUCAACAGAGUACACAUCAAGUAAAAUAACUGGACAAACUUCUGAAUCUUCACCAGCACCAGACCAAACAAGCCAGCAAUCGUCAACAUUUCCAACCACAGAUGACCACGGGGCAUCAUUUUCAACAGUUGAAUAUAAUUCCACAACGAUGUCGCCAUCAUUCACAACAACUGCAAAUCAAACUCUUCUCACCACACCCAUAUCCACAGAAAUGCCAUCUUUAUCCUCUACUGAAGGCAUACAUUCACCAUCAACUCCCCACUUGGCAACAACUGGCACAUCUCCGAGCAGUAUAAUUUCAGACUCGGCAGUGACUGCCACUUCAAGCACUAAUGAAUACACAUCAGUGGACAUGACUGAACAAUCCAGUCAAACUGCAGAAGUGUCAGGGAAAACAAGUGAACAAACCCCAGUGUCAUCCUCCACACAUGGAACAGGUCCUUCAUUUCCAACAACAGCAACAACAGAUUUCAGCUCCACAAUGGGAGAGACCAUUGUAACAGAAGGCAUAUUCCAGACAAGUCCAAAAGCCCCUACAUCAGAGGAAUCAACAUUUCCCACUUUGUCUUCCUCAACUGUAGAUGUCCUUUCAACACCUUUCACCUACUCAACACCCAUACCCUUAACAACGCAUCCAUCAAUUAGUUCUGAAUCGACUGAAACAAGCUCAACAGAGUACACAUCAAGUAAAAUAACUGGACAAACUUCUGAACCUUCACCACCACCAGAGCAAACAAGCCAGCAAUCGUCAACAUUUCCAACCACAGAUGACCACGGGGCAUCGCUAGUGACAAUGGCAACAGAAGGCACAAUCCAGACAAGCCCAAUAGUGCCUACAUCAGAGGAAUCAGCAAGUCCCACUGUCUCUUCGUCAACUGAAGAUAGCCUUUCAACGCCAUUCAACAACUCAACACCCAUACCCUUAACAACGCAUCCAUCAGUCAGUUCUGAACCGACAGCAACAACCUCAACAGAGUACACAUCAAGUAAAAUAACUGGACAAACUUCUGAAUCUUCACCAGCACCAGACCAAACAAGCCAGCAAUCGUCAACAUUUCCAACCACAGAUGACCACGGGGCAUCAUUUUCAACAGUUGAAUAUAAUUCCACAACGAUGUCGCCAUCAUUCACAACAAGUGCAAAUCAAACUCUUCUCACCACAGAACUAUCCACAGAAAUGCCAUCUUUAUCCUCUACUGAAGGCAUACAUUCACCAUCAACUCCCCACUUGGCAACAACUGGCACAUCUCCAAGCAGUAUAAUUUCGGACUCGGCAGUGACUGCCACUUCAAGCACUAAUGAAUACACAUCAGUGGACAUGACUGAACAAUCCAGUCAAACUGCAGAAGUGUCAGGGAAAACAAGUGAACAAACCCCAGUGUCAUCCUCCACACAUGGAACGGGUCCUUCAUUUCCAACAACAGGAACCACAGAAUUCAGCUCCACAAUGCUAGUGACAAUGGCAACAGAAGGCACAAUCCAGACAAGCCCAAUAGUGCCUACAUCAGAGGAAUCAGCAAGUCCCACUGUGUCUUCUUCAACUGAAGAUAUCCUUUCAACGCCAUUCAACAACUCAACACCCAUACCCUUAACAACGCAUCCAUCAGUCAGUUCUGAACCGACAGCAACAACCUCAACAGAGUACACAUCAAGUAAAAUAACUGGAAAAACUUCUGAAUCUUCACCAGCACCAGACCAAACAAGCCAGCAGUCGUCAACAUUUCCAACCACAGAUGACCACGGGGCAUCAUUUUCAACAGUUGAAUAUAAUUCCACAACGAUGUCGCCAUCAUUCACAACAAGUGAAAAUCAAAGUCUUCUCACCACAGAACUAUCCACAGAAAUGCCAUCUUUAUCCUCUACUGAAGGCAUACAUUCACCAUCAACUCCCCAUUUGGCAACAACUGGCACAUCUCCAAGCAGUAUAAUUUCGGACUCGGCAGUGACUGCCACUUCAAGCACGAAUGAAUACACAUCAGUCGACAUGACUGAACAAUCCAGUCAAACUGCAGAAGUGUCAGGGAAAACAAGUGAACAAACCCCAGUGUCAUCCUCCACACAUGGAACAGGUCCUUCAUUUCCAACAACAGCAACAACAGAAUUCAGCUCCACAAUGGGAGAGACCAUUGUAACAGAAGGCAUAAUCCAGACAAGUCCAAUAGCCCCUACAUCAGAGGAAUCAACAUUUCCCACUUUGUCUUCCUCAACUGUAGAUGUCCUUUCAACACCUUUCACCUACUCAACACCCAUACCCUUAACAACGCAUCCAUCAAUUAGUUCUGAACCGACUGAAACAAGCUCAACAGAGUACACAUCAAGUAAAAUAACUGGACAAACUUCUGAACCUUCACCACCACCAGAGCAAACAAGCCAGCAAUCGUCAACAUUUCCAACCACAGAUGACCACGGGGCAUCGCUAGUGACAAUGGCAACAGAAGGCACAAUCCAGACAAGCCCAAUAGUGCCUACAUCAGAGGAAUCAGCAAGUCCCACUGUCUCUUCGUCAACUGAAGAUAGCCUUUCAACGCCAUUCAACAACUCAACACCCAUACCCUUAACAACGCAUCCAUCAGUCAGUUCUGAACCGACAGCAACAACCUCAACAGAGUACACAUCAAGUAAAAUAACUGGACAAACUUCUGAAUCUUCACCAGCACCAGACCAAACAAGCCAGCAAUCGUCAACAUUUCCAACCACAGAUGACCACGGGGCAUCAUUUUCAACAGUUGAAUAUAAUUCCACAACGAUGUCGCCAUCAUUCACAACAAGUGCAAAUCAAACUCUUCUCACCACAGAACUAUCCACAGAAAUGCCAUCUUUAUCCUCUACUGAAGGCAUACAUUCACCAUCAACUCCCCACUUGGCAACAACUGGCACAUCUCCAAGCAGUAUAAUUUCGGACUCGGCAGUGACUGCCACUUCAAGCACUAAUGAAUACACAUCAGUGGACAUGACUGAACAAUCCAGUCAAACUGCAGAAGUGUCAGGGAAAACAAGUGAACAAACCCCAGUGUCAUCCUCCACACAUGGAACGGGUCCUUCAUUUCCAACAACAGGAACCACAGAAUUCAGCUCCACAAUGCUAGUGACAAUGGCAACAGAAGGCACAAUCCAGACAAGCCCAAUAGUGCCUACAUCAGAGGAAUCAGCAAGUCCCACUGUGUCUUCUUCAACUGAAGAUAUCCUUUCAACGCCAUUCAACAACUCAACACCCAUACCCUUAACAACGCAUCCAUCAGUCAGUUCUGAACCGACAGCAACAACCUCAACAGAGUACACAUCAAGUAAAAUAACUGGAAAAACUUCUGAAUCUUCACCAGCACCAGACCAAACAAGCCAGCAGUCGUCAACAUUUCCAACCACAGAUGACCACGGGGCAUCAUUUUCAACAGUUGAAUAUAAUUCCACAACGAUGUCGCCAUCAUUCACAACAAGUGAAAAUCAAAGUCUUCUCACCACAGAACUAUCCACAGAAAUGCCAUCUUUAUCCUCUACUGAAGGCAUACAUUCACCAUCAACUCCCCAUUUGGCAACAACUGGCACAUCUCCAAGCAGUAUAAUUUCGGACUCGGCAGUGACUGCCACUUCAAGCACGAAUGAAUACACAUCAGUCGACAUGACUGAACAAUCCAGUCAAACUGCAGAAGUGUCAGGGAAAACAAGUGAACAAACCCCAGUGUCAUCCUCCACACAUGGAACAGGUCCUUCAUUUCCAACAACAGCAACAACAGAAUUCAGCUCCACAAUGGGAGAGACCAUUGUAACAGAAGGCAUAAUCCAGACAAGUCCAAUAGCCCCUACAUCAGAGGAAUCAACAUUUCCCACUUUGUCUUCCUCAACUGUAGAUGUCCUUUCAACACCUUUCACCUACUCAACACCCAUACCCUUAACAACGCAUCCAUCAAUUAGUUCUGAACCGACUGAAACAAGCUCAACAGAGUACACAUCAAGUAAAAUAACUGGACAAACUUCUGAACCUUCACCACCACCAGAGCAAACAAGCCAGCAAUCGUCAACAUUUCCAACCACAGAUGACCACGGGGCAUCGCUAGUGACAAUGGCAACAGAAGGCACAAUCCAGACAAGCCCAAUAGUGCCUACAUCAGAGGAAUCAGCAAGUCCCACUGUCUCUUCGUCAACUGAAGAUAGCCUUUCAACGCCAUUCAACAACUCAACACCCAUACCCUUAACAACGCAUCCAUCAGUCAGUUCUGAACCGACAGCAACAACCUCAACAGAGUACACAUCAAGUAAAAUAACUGGACAAACUUCUGAAUCUUCACCAGCACCAGACCAAACAAGCCAGCAAUCGUCAACAUUUCCAACCACAGAUGACCACGGGGCAUCAUUUUCAACAGUUGAAUAUAAUUCCACAACGAUGUCGCCAUCAUUCACAACAAGUGCAAAUCAAACUCUUCUCACCACAGAACUAUCCACAGAAAUGCCAUCUUUAUCCUCUACUGAAGGCAUACAUUCACCAUCAACUCCCCACUUGGCAACAACUGGCACAUCUCCAAGCAGUAUAAUUUCGGACUCGGCAGUGACUGCCACUUCAAGCACUAAUGAAUACACAUCAGUGGACAUGACUGAACAAUCCAGUCAAACUGCAGAAGUGUCAGGGAAAACAAGUGAACAAACCCCAGUGUCAUCCUCCACACAUGGAACGGGUCCUUCAUUUCCAACAACAGGAACCACAGAAUUCAGCUCCACAAUGCUAGUGACAAUGGCAACAGAAGGCACAAUCCAGACAAGCCCAAUAGUGCCUACAUCAGAGGAAUCAGCAAGUCCCACUGUGUCUUCUUCAACUGAAGAUAUCCUUUCAACGCCAUUCAACAACUCAACACCCAUACCCUUAACAACGCAUCCAUCAGUCAGUUCUGAACCGACAGCAACAACCUCAACAGAGUACACAUCAAGUAAAAUAACUGGAAAAACUUCUGAAUCUUCACCAGCACCAGACCAAACAAGCCAGCAGUCGUCAACAUUUCCAACCACAGAUGACCACGGGGCAUCAUUUUCAACAGUUGAAUAUAAUUCCACAACGAUGUCGCCAUCAUUCACAACAAGUGAAAAUCAAAGUCUUCUCACCACAGAACUAUCCACAGAAAUGCCAUCUUUAUCCUCUACUGAAGGCAUACAUUCACCAUCAACUCCCCAUUUGGCAACAACUGGCACAUCUCCAAGCAGUAUAAUUUCAGACUCGGCAGUGACUGCCACUUCAAGCACGAAUGAAUACACAUCAGUCGACAUGACUGAACAAUCCAGUCAAACUGCAGAAGUGUCAGGGAAAACAAGUGAACAAACCCCAGUGUCAUCCUCCACACAUGGAACAGGUCCUUCAUUUCCAACAACAGCAACAACAGAAUUCAGCUCCACAAUGGGAGAGACCAUUGUAACAGAAGGCAUAAUCCAGACAAGUCCAAUAGCCCCUACAUCAGAGGAAUCAACAUUUCCCACUUUGUCUUCCUCAACUGUAGAUGUCCUUUCAACACCUUUCACCUACUCAACACCCAUACCCUUAACAACGCAUCCAUCAAUUAGUUCUGAACCGACUGAAACAAGCUCAACAGAGUACACAUCAAUUAAAAUAACUGGACAAACUUCUGAACCUUCACCACCACCAGAGCAAACAAGCCAGCAAUCGUCAACAUUUCCAACCACAGAUGACCACGGGGCAAUGCUAGUGACAAUGGCAACAGAAGGCACAAUCCAGACAAGCCCAAUAGUGCCUACAUCAGAGGAAUCAGCAAGUCCCACUGUGUCUUCUUCAACUGAAGAUAGCCUUUCAACGCCAUUCAACUACUCAACACCCAUACCCUUAACAACGCAUCCAUCAGUCAGUUCUGAACCGACAGCAACAACCUCAACAGAGUACACAUCAAGUAAAAUAACUGGACAAACUUCUGAAUCUUCACCAGCACCAGACCAAACAAGCCAGCAAUCGUCAACAUUUCCAACCACAGAUGACCACGGGGCAUCAUUUUCAACAGUUGAAUAUAAUUCCACAACGAUGUCGCCAUCAUUCACAACAACUGCAAAUCAAACUCUUCUCACCACACCCAUAUCCACAGAAAUGCCAUCUUUAUCCUCUACUGAAGGCAUACAUUCACCAUCAACUCCCCAUUUGGCAACAACUGGCACAUCUCCGAGCAGUAUAAUUUCGGACUCGGCAGUGACUGCCACUCCAAGCACGAAUGAAUACACAUCAGUCGACAUGACUGAACAAUCCAGUCAAACUGCAGAAGUGUCAGGGAAAACAAGUGAACAAACCCCAGUGUCAUCCUCCACACAUGGAACAGGUCCUUCAUUUCCAACAACAGGAACAACAGAAUUCAGCUCCACAACGCUAGUGACAAUGGCAACAGAAGGCACAAAACAGACAAGCCCAAUAGUGCCUACAUCAGAGGAAUCAGCAAGUCCCACUGUGUCUUCUUCAACUGAAGAUAUCCUUUCAACGCCAUUCAACUACUCAACACCCAUACCCUUAACAACGCAUCCAUCAGUCAGUUCUGAACCGACAGCAACAACCUCAACAGAGUACACAUCAAGUAAAAUAACUGGACAAACUUCUGAAUCUUCACCAGCACCAGACCAAACAAGCCAGCAAUCGUCAACAUUUCCAACCACAGAUGACCACGGGGCAUCAUUUUCAACAGUUGAAUAUAAUUCCACAACGAUGUCGCCAUCAUUCACAACAAGUGCAAAUCAAACUCUUCUCACCACAGAACUAUCCACAGAAAUGCCAUCUUUAUCCUCUACUGAAGGCAUACAUUCACCAUCAACUCCCCACUUGGCAACAACUGGCACAUCUCCAAGCAGUAUAAUUUCGGACUCGGCAGUGACUGCCACUUCAAGCACUAAUGAAUACACAUCAGUGGACAUGACUGAACAAUCCAGUCAAACUGCAGAAGUGUCAGGGAAAACAAGUGAACAAACCCCAGUGUCAUCCUCCACACAUGGAACAGGUCCUUCAUUUCCAACAACAGGAACAACAGAAUUCAGCUCCACAACGCUAGUGACAAUGGCAACAGAAGGCACAAUCCAGACAAGCCCAAUAGUGCCUACAUCAGAGGAAUCAGCAAGUCCCACUGUGUCUUCUUCAACUGAAGAUAGCCUUUCAACGCCAUUCAACUACUCAACACCCAUACCCUUAACAACGCAUCCAUCAGUCAGUUCUGAACCGACAGCAACAACCUCAACAGAGUACACAUCAAGUAAAAUAACUGGACAAACUUCUGAAUCUUCACCAGCACCAGACCAAACAAGCCAGCAAUCGUCAACAUUUCCAACCACAGAUGACCACGGGGCAUCGCUAGUGACAAUGGCAACAGAAGGCACAAUCCAGACAAGCCCAAUAGUGCCUACAUCAGAGGAAUCAGCAAGUCCCACUGUCUCUUCGUCAACUGAAGAUAGCCUUUCAACGCCAUUCAACAACUCAACACCCAUACCCUUAACAACGCAUCCAUCAGUCAGUUCUGAACCGACAGCAACAACCUCAACAGAGUACACAUCAAGUAAAAUAACUGGACAAACUUCUGAAUCUUCACCAGCACCAGACCAAACAAGCCAGCAAUCGUCAACAUUUCCAACCACAGAUGACCACGGGGCAUCAUUUUCAACAGUUGAAUAUAAUUCCACAACGAUGUCGCCAUCAUUCACAACAAGUGCAAAUCAAACUCUUCUCACCACAGAACUAUCCACAGAAAUGCCAUCUUUAUCCUCUACUGAAGGCAUACAUUCACCAUCAACUCCCCACUUGGCAACAACUGGCACAUCUCCAAGCAGUAUAAUUUCGGACUCGGCAGUGACUGCCACUUCAAGCACUAAUGAAUACACAUCAGUGGACAUGACUGAACAAUCCAGUCAAACUGCAGAAGUGUCAGGGAAAACAAGUGAACAAACCCCACUGUCAUCCUCCACACAUGGAACGGGUCCUUCAUUUCCAACAACAGGAACCACAGAAUUCAGCUCCACAAUGCUAGUGACAAUGGCAACAGAAGGCACAAUCCAGACAAGCCCAAUAGUGCCUACAUCAGAGGAAUCAGCAAGUCCCACUGUGUCUUCUUCAACUGAAGAUAUCCUUUCAACGCCAUUCAACAACUCAACACCCAUACCCUUAACAACGCAUCCAUCAGUCAGUUCUGAACCGACAGCAACAACCUCAACAGAGUACACAUCAAGUAAAAUAACUGGAAAAACUUCUGAAUCUUCACCAGCACCAGACCAAACAAGCCAGCAGUCGUCAACAUUUCCAACCACAGAUGACCACGGGGCAUCAUUUUCAACAGUUGAAUAUAAUUCCACAACGAUGUCGCCAUCAUUCACAACAAGUGAAAAUCAAAGUCUUCUCACCACAGAACUAUCCACAGAAAUGCCAUCUUUAUCCUCUACUGAAGGCAUACAUUCACCAUCAACUCCCCAUUUGGCAACAACUGGCACAUCUCCAAGCAGUAUAAUUUCGGACUCGGCAGUGACUGCCACUUCAAGCACGAAUGAAUACACAUCAGUCGACAUGACUGAACAAUCCAGUCAAACUGCAGAAGUGUCAGGGAAAACAAGUGAACAAACCCCAGUGUCAUCCUCCACACAUGGAACAGGUCCUUCAUUUCCAACAACAGCAACAACAGAAUUCAGCUCCACAAUGGGAGAGACCAUUGUAACAGAAGGCAUAAUCCAGACAAGUCCAAUAGCCCCUACAUCAGAGGAAUCAACAUUUCCCACUUUGUCUUCCUCAACUGUAGAUGUCCUUUCAACACCUUUCACCUACUCAACACCCAUACCCUUAACAACGCAUCCAUCAAUUAGUUCUGAACCGACUGAAACAAGCUCAACAGAGUACACAUCAAGUAAAAUAACUGGACAAACUUCUGAACCUUCACCACCACCAGAGCAAACAAGCCAGCAAUCGUCAACAUUUCCAACCACAGAUGACCACGGGGCAUCAUUUUCAACAGUUGAAUAUAAUUCCACAACGAUGUCGCCAUCAUUCACAACAAGUGAAAAUCAAAGUCUUCUCACCACAGAACUAUCCACAGAAAUGCCAUCUUUAUCCUCUACUGAAGGCAUACAUUCACCAUCAACUCCCCAUUUGGCAACAACUGGCAGAUCUCCAAGCAGUAUAAUUUCGGACUCCGCAGUGACUGCCACUUCAAGCACGAAUGAAUACACAUCAGUCGACAUGACUGAACAAUCCAGUCAAACUGCAGAAGUGUCAGGGAAAACAAGUGAACAAACCCCAGUGUCAUCCUCCACACAUGGAACAGGUCCUUCAUUUCCAACAACAGGAACAACAGAAUUCAGCUCCACAACGCUAGUGACAAUGGCAACAGAAGGCACAAUCCAGACAAGCCCAAUAGUGCCUACAUCAGAGGAAUCAGCAAGUCCCACUGUGUCUUCUUCAACUGAAGAUAGCCUUUCAACGCCAUUCAACUACUCAACACCCAUACCCUUAACAACGCAUCCAUCAGUCAGUUCUGAACCGACAGCAACAACCUCAACAGAGUACACAUCAAGUAAAAUAACUGGACAAACUUCUGAAUCUUCACCAGCACCAGACCAAACAAGCCAGCAAUCGUCAACAUUUCCAACCACAGAUGACCACGGGGCAUCAUUUUCAACAGUUGAAUAUAAUUCCACAACGAUGUCGCCAUCAUUCACAACAACUGCAAAUCAAACUCUUCUCACCACACCCAUAUCCACAGAAAUGCCAUCUUUAUCCUCUACUGAAGGCAUACAUUCACCAUCAACUCCCCAUUUGGCAACAACUGGCACAUCUCCGAGCAGUAUAAUUUCGGACUCGGCAGUGACUGCCACUCCAAGCACGAAUGAAUACACAUCAGUCGACAUGACUGAACAAUCCAGUCAAACUGCAGAAGUGUCAGGGAAAACAAGUGAACAAACCCCAGUGUCAUCCUCCACACAUGGAACAGGUCCUUCAUUUCCAACAACAGGAACAACAGAAUUCAGCUCCACAACGCUAGUGACAAUGGCAACAGAAGGCACAAUCCAGACAAGCCCAAUAGUGCCUACAUCAGAGGAAUCAGCAAGUCCCACUGUCUCUUCGUCAACUGAAGAUAGCCUUUCAACGCCAUUCAACAACUCAACACCCAUACCCUUAACAACGCAUCCAUCAGUCAGUUCUGAACCGACAGCAACAACCUCAACAGAGUACACAUUAAGUAAAAUAACUGGACAAACUUCUGAAUCUUCACCAGCACCAGACCAAACAAGCCAGCAAUCGUCAACAUUUCCAACCACAGAUGACCACGGGGCAAUGCUAGUGACAAUGGCAACAGAAGGCACAAUCCAGACAAGCCCAAUAGUGCCUACAUCAGAGGAAUCAGCAAGUCCCACUGUGUCUUCUUCAACUGAAGAUAUCCUUUCAACGCCAUUCAACAACUCAACACCCAUACCCUUAACAACGCAUCCAUCAGUCAGUUCUGAACCGACAGCAACAACCUCAACAGAGUACACAUCAAGUAAAAUAACUGGAAAAACUUCUGAAUCUUCACCAGCACCAGACCAAACAAGCCAGCAGUCGUCAACAUUUCCAACCACAGAUGACCACGGGGCAUCAUUUUCAACAGUUGAAUAUAAUUCCACAACGAUGUCGCCAUCAUUCACAACAAGUGAAAAUCAAAGUCUUCUCACCACAGAUCUAUCCACAGAAAUGCCAUCUUUAUCCUCUACUGAAGGCAUACAUUCACCAUCAACUCCCCAUUUGGCAACAACUGGCACAUCUCCAAGCAGUAUAAUUUCGGACUCGGCAGUGACUGCCACUUCAAGCACGAAUGAAUACACAUCAGUCGACAUGACUGAACAAUCCAGUCAAACUGCAGAAGUGUCAGGGAAAACAAGUGAACAAACCCCAGUGUCAUCCUCCACACAUGGAACAGGUCCUUCAUUUCCAACAACAGCAACAACAGAAUUCAGCUCCACAAUGGGAGAGACCAUUGUAACAGAAGGCAUAAUCCAGACAAGUCCAAUAGCCCCUACAUCAGAGGAAUCAACAUUUCCCACUUUGUCUUCCUCAACUGUAGAUGUCCUUUCAACACCUUUCACCUACUCAACACCCAUACCCUUAACAACGCAUCCAUCAAUUAGUUCUGAACCGACUGAAACAAGCUCAACAGAGUACACAUCAAGUAAAAUAACUGGACAAACUUCUGAACCUUCACCACCACCAGAGCAAACAAGCCAGCAAUCGUCAACAUUUCCAACCACAGAUGACCACGGGGCAUCAUUUUCAACAGUUGAAUAUAAUUCCACAACGAUGUCGCCAUCAUUCACAACAAGUGAAAAUCAAAGUCUUCUCACCACAGAACUAUCCACAGAAAUGCCAUCUUUAUCCUCUACUGAAGGCAUACAUUCACCAUCAACUCCCCAUUUGGCAACAACUGGCAGAUCUCCAAGCAGUAUAAUUUCGGACUCCGCAGUGACUGCCACUUCAAGCACGAAUGAAUACACAUCAGUCGACAUGACUGAACAAUCCAGUCAAACUGCAGAAGUGUCAGGGAAAACAAGUGAACAAACCCCAGUGUCAUCCUCCACACAUGGAACAGGUCCUUCAUUUCCAACAACAGGAACAACAGAAUUCAGCUCCACAACGCUAGUGACAAUGGCAACAGAAGGCACAAUCCAGACAAGCCCAAUAGUGCCUACAUCAGAGGAAUCAGCAAGUCCCACUGUGUCUUCUUCAACUGAAGAUAGCCUUUCAACGCCAUUCAACUACUCAACACCCAUACCCUUAACAACGCAUCCAUCAGUCAGUUCUGAACCGACAGCAACAACCUCAACAGAGUACACAUCAAGUAAAAUAACUGGACAAACUUCUGAAUCUUCACCAGCACCAGACCAAACAAGCCAGCAAUCGUCAACAUUUCCAACCACAGAUGACCACGGGGCAUCAUUUUCAACAGUUGAAUAUAAUUCCACAACUAUGUCGCCAUCAUUCACAACAACUGCAAAUCAAACUCUUCUCACCACACCCAUAUCCACAGAAAUGCCAUCUUUAUCCUCUACUGAAGGCAUACAUUCACCAUCAACUCCCCAUUUGGCAACAACUGGCACAUCUCCGAGCAGUAUAAUUUCGGACUCGGCAGUGACUGCCACUCCAAGCACGAAUGAAUACACAUCAGUCGACAUGACUGAACAAUCCAGUCAAACUGCAGAAGUGUCAGGGAAAACAAGUGAACAAACCCCAGUGUCAUCCUCCACACAUGGAACAGGUCCUUCAUUUCCAACAACAGGAACAACAGAAUUCAGCUCCACAACGCUAGUGACAAUGGCAACAGAAGGCACAAAACAGACAAGCCCAAUAGUGCCUACAUCAGAGGAAUCAGCAAGUCCCACUGUGUCUUCUUCAACUGAAGAUAUCCUUUCAACGCCAUUCAACUACUCAACACCCAUACCCUUAACAACGCAUCCAUCAGUCAGUUCUGAACCGACAGCAACAACCUCAACAGAGUACACAUCAAGUAAAAUAACUGGACAAACUUCUGAAUCUUCACCAGCACCAGACCAAACAAGCCAGCAAUCGUCAACAUUUCCAACCACAGAUGACCACGGGGCAUCGCUAGUGACAAUGGCAACAGAAGGCACAAUCCAGACAAGCCCAAUAGUGCCUACAUCAGAGGAAUCAGCAAGUCCCACUGUGUCUUCUUCAACUGAAGAUAGCCUUUCAACGCCAUUCAACUACUCAACACCCAUACCCUUAACAACGCAUCCAUCAGUCAGUUCUGAACCGACAGCAACAACCUCAACAGAGUACACAUCAAGUAAAAUAACUGGACAAACUUCUGAAUCUUCACCAGCACCAGACCAAACAAGCCAGCAAUCGUCAACAUUUCCAACCACAGAUGACCACGGGGCAUCAUUUUCAACAGUUGAAUAUAAUUCCACAACGAUGUCGCCAUCAUUCACAACAACUGCAAAUCAAACUCUUCUCACCACACCCAUAUCCACAGAAAUGCCAUCUUUAUCCUCUACUGAAGGCAUACAUUCACCAUCAACUCCCCACUUGGCAACAACUGGCACAUCUCCAAGCAGUAUAAUUUCGGACUCGGCAGUGACUGCCACUUCAAGCACUAAUGAAUACACAUCAGUGGACAUGACUGAACAAUCCAGUCAAACUGCAGAAGUGUCAGGGAAAACAAGUGAACAAACCCCAGUGUCAUCCUCCACACAUGGAACGGGUCCUUCAUUUCCAACAACAGGAACCACAGAAUUCAGCUCCACAACGCUAGUGACAAUGGCAACAGAAGGCACAAUCCAGACAAGCCCAAUAGUGCCUACAUCAGAGGAAUCAGCAAGUCCCACUGUGUCUUCUUCAACUGAAGAUAUCCUUUCAACGCCAUUCAACAACUCAACACCCAUACCCUUAACAACGCAUCCAUCAGUCAGUUCUGAACCGACAGCAACAACCUCAACAGAGUACACAUCAAGUAAAAUAACUGGAAAAACUUCUGAAUCUUCACCAGCACCAGACCAAACAAGCCAGAAAUCGUCAACAUUUCCAACCACAGAUGACCACGGGGCAUCAUUUUCAACAGUUGAAUAUAAUUCCACAACGAUGUCGCCAUCAUUCACAACAAGUGCAAAUCAAACUCUUCUCACCACAGAACUAUCCACAGAAAUGCCAUCUUUAUCCUCUACUGAAGGCAUACAUUCACCAUCAACUCCCCAUUUGGCAACAACUGGCACAUCUCCAAGCAGUAUAAUUUCGGACUCGGCAGUGACUGCCACUUCAAGCACGAAUGAAUACACAUCAGUUGACAUGACUGAACAAUCCAGUCAAACUGCAGAAGUGUCAGGGAAAACAAGUGAACAAACCCCAGUGUCAUCCUCCACACAUGGAACAGGUCCUUCAUUUCCAACAACAGGAACCACAGAAUUCAGCUCCCCAAUGCUAGUGACAAUGGCAACAGAAGGCACAAUCCAGACAAGCCCAAUAGUGCCUACAUCAGAGGAAUCAGCAAGUCCCACUGUGUCUUCUUCAACUGAAGAUAUCCUUUCAACGCCAUUCAACAACUCAACACCCAUACCCUUAACAACGCAUCCAUCAGUCAGUUCUGAACCGACAGCAACAACCUCAACAGAGUACACAUCAAGUAAAAUAACUGGACAAACUUCUGAACCUUCACCACCACCAGAGCAAACAAGCCAGCAAUCCUCAACAUUUCCAACCACAGAUGACCACGGGGCAUCGCUAGUGACAAUGGCAACAGAAGGCACAAAACAGACAAGCCCAAUAGUGCCUACAUCAGAGGAAUCAGCAAGUCCCACUGUGUCUUCUUCAACUGAAGAUAUCCUUUCAACGCCAUUCAACUACUCAACACCCAUACCCUUAACAACGCAUCCAUCAGUCAGUUCUGAACCGACAGCAACACCCUCAACAGAGUACACAUCAAGUAAAAUAACUGGACAAACUUCUGAAUCUUCACCAGCACCAGACCAAACAAGCCAGCAAUCGUCAACAUUUCCAACCACAGAUGACCACGGGGCAUCAUUUUCAACAGUUGAAUAUAAUUCCACAACGAUGUCGCCAUCAUUCACAACAAGUGCAAAUCAAACUCUUCUCACCACAGAACUAUCCACAGAAAUGCCAUCUUUAUCCUCUACUGAAGGCAUACAUUCACCAUCAACUCCCCACUUGGCAACAACUGGCACAUCUCCAAGCAGUAUAAUUUCGGACUCGGCAGUGACUGCCACUUCAAGCACUAAUGAAUACACAUCAGUGGACAUGACUGAACAAUCCAGUCAAACUGCAGAAGUGUCAGGGAAAACAAGUGAACAAACCCCAGUGUCAUCCUCCACACAUGGAACGGGUCCUUCAUUUCCAACAACAGGAACCACAGAAUUCAGCUCCACAACGCUAGUGACAAUGGCAACAGAAGGCACAAUCCAGACAAGCCCAAUAGUGCCUACAUCAGAGGAAUCAGCAAGUCCCACUGUGUCUUCUUCAACUGAAGAUAUCCUUUCAACGCCAUUCAACUACUCAACACCCAUACCCUUAACAACGCAUCCAUCAGUCAGUUCUGAACCGACAGCAACAACCUCAACAGAGUACACAUCAAGUAAAAUUACUGGAAAAACUUCUGAAUCUUCACCAGCACCAGACCAAACAAGCCAGAAAUCAUCAACAUUUCCAACCACAGAUGACCACGGGGCAUCAUUUUCAACAGUUGAAUAUAAUUCCACAACGAUGUCGCCAUCAUUCACAACAAGUGCAAAUCAAACUCUUCUCACCACAGAACUAUCCACAGAAAUGCCAUCUUUAUCCUCUACUGAAGGCAUACAUUCACCAUCAACUCCCCAUUUGGCAACAACUGGCACAUCUCCAAGCAGUAUAAUUUCGGACUCGGCAGUGACUGCCACUUCAAGCACGAAUGAAUACACAUCAGUCAACAUGACUGAACAAUCCAGUCAAACUGCAGAAGUGUCAGGGAAAACAAGUGAACAAACCCCAGUGUCAUCCUCCACACAUGGAACAGGUCCUUCAUUUCCAACAACAGGAACAACAGAAUUCAGCUCCACAAUGGGAGAGACCAUUGUAACAGAAGGCAUAAUCCAGACAAGUCCAAUAGCCCCUACAUCAGAGGAAUCAACAUUUCCCACUUUGUCUUCCUCAACUGUAGAUGUCCUUUCAACACCUUUCACCUACUCAACACCCAUACCCUUAACAACGCAUCCAUCAAUUAGUUCUGAACCGACAGCAACAACCUCAACAGAGUACACAUCAAGUAAAAUAACUGGACAAACUUCUGAAUCUUCACCAGCACCAGACCAAACAAGCCAGCAAUCGUCAACAUUUCCAACCACAGAUGACCACGGGGCAUCGCUAGUGACAAUGGCAACAGAAGGCACAAUCCAGACAAGCCCAAUAGUGCCUACAUCAGAGGAAUCAGCAAGUCCCACUGUGUCUUCUGCAACUGAAGAUAUCCUUUCAACGCCAUUCAACUACUCAACACCCAUACCCUUAACAACGCAUCCAUCAGUCAGUUCUGAACCGACAGCAACAACCUCAACAGAGUACACAUCAAGUAAAAUUACUGGAAAAACUUCUGAAUCUUCACCAGCACCAGACCAAACAAGCCAGAAAUCAUCAACAUUUCCAACCACAGAUGACCACGGGGCAUCAUUUUCAACAGUUGAAUAUAAUUCCACAACGAUGUCGCCAUCAUUCACAACAAGUGCAAAUCAAACUCUUCUCACCACAGAACUAUCCACAGAAAUGCCAUCUUUAUCCUCUACUGAAGGCAUACAUUCACCAUCAACUCCCCAUUUGGCAACAACUGGCACAUCUCCAAGCAGUAUAAUUUCGGACUCGGCAGUGACUGCCACUUCAAGCACGAAUGAAUACACAUCAGUCAACAUGACUGAACAAUCCAGUCAAACUGCAGAAGUGUCAGGGAAAACAAGUGAACAAACCCCAGUGUCAUCCUCCACACAUGGAACAGGUCCUUCAUUUCCAACAACAGGAACAACAGAAUUCAGCUCCACAAUGGGAGAGACCAUUGUAACAGAAGGCAUAAUCCAGACAAGUCCAAUAGCCCCUACAUCAGAGGAAUCAACAUUUCCCACUUUGUCUUCCUCAACUGUAGAUGUCCUUUCAACACCUUUCACCUACUCAACACCCAUACCCUUAACAACGCAUCCAUCAAUUAGUUCUGAACCGACUGAAACAAGCUCAACAGAGUACACAUCAAGUAAAAUAACUGGACAAACUUCUGAACCUUCACCACCACCAGAGCAAACAAGCCAGCAAUCGUCAACAUUUCCAACCACAGAUGACCACGGGGCAUCAUUUUCAACAGUUGAAUAUAAUUCCACAACGAUGUCGCCAUCAUACACAACAAGUGCAAAUCAAACUCUUCUCACCACAGAACUAUCCACAGAAAUGCCAUCUUUAUCCUCUACUGAAGGCAUACAUUCACCAUCAACUCCCCAUUUGGCAACAACUGGCACAUCUCCAAGCAGUAUAAUUUCGGACUCGGCAGUGACUGCCACUUCAAGCACGAAUGAAUACACAUCAGUCGACAUGACUGAACAAUCCAGUGAAACUGCAGAAGUGUCAGGGAAAACAAGUGAACAAACCCCAGUGUCAUCCUCCACACAUGGAACAGGUCCUUCAUUUCCAACAACAGGAACAACAGAAUUCAGCUCCACAACGCUAGUGACAAUGGCAACAGAAGGCACAAUCCAGACAAGCCCAAUAGUGCCUACAUCAGAGGAAUCAGCAAGUCCCACUGUGUCUUCUUCAACUGAAGAUAGCCUUUCAACGCCAUUCAACUACUCAACACCCAUACCCUUAACAACGCAUCCAUCAGUCAGUUCUGAACCGACAGCAACAACCUCAACAGAGUACACAUCAAGUAAAAUAACUGGACAAACUUCUGAAUCUUCACCAGCACCAGACCAAACAAGCCAGCAAUCGUCAACAUUUCCAACCACAGAUGACCACGGGGCAUCGCUAGUGACAAUGGCAACAGAAGGCACAAAACAGACAAGCCCAAUAGUGCCUACAUCAGAGGAAUCAGCAAGUCCCACUGUGUCUUCUUCAACUGAAGACAUCCUUUCAACGCCAUUCAACUACUCAACACCCAUACCCUUAACAACGCAUCCAUCAGUCAGUUCUGAACCGACAGCAACAACCUCAACAGAGUACACAUCAAGUAAAAUAACUGGACAAACUUCUGAAUCUUCACCAGCACCAGACCAAACAAGCCAGCAAUCGUCAACAUUUCCAACCACAGAUGACCACGGGGCAUCAUUUUCAACAGUUGAAUAUAAUUCCACAACGAUGUCGCCAUCAUUCACAACAACUGCAAAUCAAACUCUUCUCACCACACCCAUAUCCACAGAAAUGCCAUCUUUAUCCUCUACUGAAGGCAUACAUUCACCAUCAACUCCCCAUUUGGCAACAACUGGCACAUCUCCAAGCAGUAUAAUUUCGGACUCGGCAGUGACUGCCACUUCAAGCACGAAUGAAUACACAUCAGUCGACAUGACUGAACAAUCCAGUCAAACUGCAGAAGUGUCAGGGAAAACAAGUGAACAAACCCCAGUGUCAUCCUCCACACAUGGAACAGGUCCUUCAUUUCCAACAACAGGAACAACAGAAUUCAGCUCCACAACGCUAGUGACAAUGGCAACAGAAGGCACAAAACAGACAAGCCCAAUAGUGCCUACAUCAGAGGAAUCAGCAAGUCCCACUGUGUCUUCUUCAACUGAAGACAUCCUUUCAACGCCAUUCAACUACUCAACACCCAUACCCUUAACAACGCAUCCAUCAGUCAGUUCUGAACCGACAGCAACAACCUCAACAGAGUACACAUCAAGUAAAAUAACUGGACAAACUUCUGAAUCUUCACCAGCACCAGACCAAACAAGCCAGCAAUCGUCAACAUUUCCAACCACAGAUGACCACGGGGCAUCAUUUUCAACAGUUGAAUAUAAUUCCACAACGAUGUCGCCAUCAUUCACAACAAGUGCAAAUCAAACUCUUCUCACCACAGAACUAUCCACAGAAAUGCCAUCUUUAUCCUCUACUGAAGGCAUACAUUCACCAUCAACUCCCCACUUGGCAACAACUGGCACAUCUCCAAGCAGUAUAAUUUCGGACUCGGCAGUGACUGCCACUUCAAGCACUAAUGAAUACACAUCAGUGGACAUGACUGAACAAUCCAGUCAAACUGCAGAAGUGUCAGGGAAAACAAGUGAACAAACCCCAGUGUCAUCCUCCACACAUGGAACAGGUCCUUCAUUUCCAACAACAGCAACAACAGAUUUCAGCUCCACAAUGGGAGAGACCAUUGUAACAGAAGGCAUAAUCCAGACAAGUCCAACAGCCCCUACAUCAGAGGAAUCAACAUUUCCCACUUUGUCUUCCUCAACUGUAGAUGUCCUUUCAACACCUUUCACCUACUCAACACCCAUACCCUUAACAACGCAUCCAUCAAUUAGUGCUGAACCGACUGAAACAAGCUCAACAGAGUACACAUCAAGUAAAAUAACUGGACAAACUUCUGAACCUUCACCACCACCAGAGCAAACAAGCCAGCAAUCGUCAACAUUUCCAACCACAGAUGACCACGGGGCAUCGCUAGUGACAAUGGCAACAGAAGGCACAAUCCAGACAAGCCCAAUAGUGCCUACAUCAGAGGAAUCAGCAAGUCCCACUGUGUCUUCUUCAACUGAAGAUAGCCUUUCAACGCCAUUCAACUACUCAACACCCAUACCCUUAACAACGCAUCCAUCAGUCAGUUCUGAACCGACAGCAACAACCUCAACAGAGUACACAUCAAGUAAAAUAACUGGACAAACUUCUGAAUCUUCACCAGCACCAGACCAAACAAGCCAGCAAUCGUCAACAUUUCCAACCACAGAUGACCACGGGGCAUCAUUUUCAACAGUUGAAUAUAAUUCCACAACGAUGUCGCCAUCAUUCACAACAACUGCAAAUCAAACUCUUCUCACCACAGAACUAUCCACAGAAAUGCCAUCUUUAUCCUCUACUGAAGGCAUACAUUCACCAUCAACUCCCCAUUUGGCAACAACUGGCACAUCUCCAAGCAGUAUAAUUUCGGACUCGGCAGUGACUGCCACUUCAAGCACGAAUGAAUACACAUCAGUUGACAUGACUGAACAAUCCAGUCAAACUGCAGAAGUGUCAGGGAAAACAAGUGAACAAACCCCAGUGUCAUCCUCCACACAUGGAACAGGUCCUUCAUUUCCAACAACAGGAACAACAGAAUUCAGCUCCACAACGCUAUUGACAAUGGCAACAGAAGGAACAAAACAGACAAGCCCAAUAGUGCCUACAUCAGAGGAAUCAGCAAGUCCCACUGUGUCUUCUUCAACUGAAGAUAGCCUUUCAACGCCAUUCAACUACUCAACACCCAUACCCUUAACAACGCAUCCAUCAGUCAGUUCUGAACCGACAGCAACAACCUCAACAGAGUACACAUCAAGUAAAAUAACUGGACAAACUUCUGAAUCUUCACCAGCACCAGACCAAACAAGCCAGCAAUCGUCAACAUUUCCAACCACAGAUGACCACGGGGCAUCAUUUUCAACAGUUGAAUAUAAUUCCACAACGAUGUCGCCAUCAUUCACAACAACUGCAAAUCAAACUCUUCUCACCACAGAACUAUCCACAGAAAUGCCAUCUUUAUCCUCUACUGAAGGCAUACAUUCACCAUCAACUCCCCACUUGGCAAUAACUGGCACAUCUCCAAGCAGUAUAAUUUCGGACUCGGCAGUGACUGCCACUUCAAGCACUAAUGAAUACACAUCAGUGGACAUGACUGAACAAUCCAGUCAAACUGCAGAAGUGUCAGGGAAAACAAGUGAACAAACCCCAGUGUCAUCCUCCACACAUGGAACGGGUCCUUCAUUUCCAACAACAGGAACCACAGAAUUCAGCUCCACAACGCUAGUGACAAUGGCAACAGAAGGCACAAUCCAGACAAGCCCAAUAGUGCCUACAUCAGAGGAAUCAGCAAGUCCCACUGUGUCUUCUUCAACUGAAGAUAUCCUUUCAACGCCAUUCAACUACUCAACACCCAUACCCUUAACAACGCAUCCAUCAGUCAGUUCUGAACCGACAGCAACAACCUCAACAGAGUACACAUCAAGUAAAAUUACUGGAAAAACUUCUGAAUCUUCACCAGCACCAGACCAAACAAGCCAGCAAUCGUCAACAUUUCCAACCACAGAUGACCACGGGGCAUCGCUAGUGACAAUGGCAACAGAAGGCACAAAACAGACAAGCCCAAUAGUGCCUACAUCAGAGGAAUCAGCAAGUCCCACUGUGUCUUCUUCAACUGAAGAUAGCCUUUCAACGCCAUUCAACUACUCAACACCCAUACCCUUAACAACGCAUCCAUCAGUCAGUUCUGAACCGACAGCAACAACCUCAACAGAGUACACAUCAAGUAAAAUAACUGGACAAACUUCUGAAUCUUCACCAGCACCAGACCAAACAAGCCAGCAAUCGUCAACAUUUCCAACCACAGAUGACCACGGGGCAUCAUUUUCAACAGUUGAAUAUAAUUCCACAACGAUGUCGCCAUCAUUCACAACAACUGCAAAUCAAACUCUUCUCACCACACCCAUAUCCACAGAAAUGCCAUCUUUAUCCUCUACUGAAGGCAUACAUUCACCAUCAACUCCCCACUUGGCAACAACUGGCACAUCUCCAAGCAGUAUAAUUUCGGACUCGGCAGUGACUGCCACUUCAAGCACUAAUGAAUACACAUCAGUGGACAUGACUGAACAAUCCAGUCAAACUGCAGAAGUGUCAGGGAAAACAAGUGAACAAACCCCAGUGUCAUCCUCCACACAUGGAACAGGUCCUUCAACGCUAGUGACAAUGGCAACAGAAGGCACAAUCCAGACAAGCCCAAUAGUGCCUACAUCAGAGGAAUCAGCAAGUCCCACUGUGUCUUCUUCAACUGAAGAUAGCCUUUCAACGCCAUUCAACUACUCAACACCCAUACCCUUAACAACGCAUCCAUCAGUCAGUUCUGAACCGACAGCAACAACCUCAACAGAGUACACAUCAAGUAAAAUAACUGGACAAACUUCUGAAUCUUCACCAGCACCAGACCAAACAAGCCAGCAAUCGUCAACAUUUCCAACCACAGAUGACCACGGGGCAUCAUUUUCAACAGUUGAAUAUAAUUCCACAACGAUGUCGCCAUCAUUCACAACAACUGCAAAUCAAACUCUUCUCACCACAGAACUAUCCACAGAAAUGCCAUCUUUAUCCUCUACUGAAGGCAUACAUUCACCAUCAACUCCCCACUUGGCAACAACUGGCACAUCUCCAAGCAGUAUAAUUUCGGACUCAGCAGUGACUGCCACUUCAAGCACUAAUGAAUACACAUCAGUGGACAUGACUGAACAAUCCAGUCAAACUGCAGAAGUGUCAGGGAAAACAAGUGAACAAACCCCAGUGUCAUCCUCCACACAUGGAUCGGGUCCUUCAUUUCCAACAACAGGAACCACAGAAUUCAGCUCCACAACGCUAGUGUCAAUGGCAACAGAAGGCACAAUCCAGACAAGCCCAAUAGUGCCUACAUCAGAGGAAUCAGCAAGUCCCACUGUGUCUUCUUCAACUGAAGAUAUCCUUUCAACGCCAUUCAACUACUCAACACCCAUACCCUUAACAACGCAUCCAUCAGUCAGUUCUGAACCGACAGCAACAACCUCAACAGAGUACACAUCAAGUAAAAUAACUGGACAAACUUCUGAAUCUUCACCAGCACCAGACCAAACAAGCCAGCAAUCGUCAACAUUUCCAACCACAGAUGACCACGGGGCAUCAUUUUCAACAGUUGAAUAUAAUUCCACAACGAUGUUGCCAUCAUUCACAACAAGUGCAAAUCAAACUCUUCUCACCACAGAACUAUCCACAGAAAUGCCAUCUUUAUCCUCUACUGAAGGCAUACAUUCACCAUCAACUCCCCACUUGGCAACAACUGGCACAUCUCCAAGCAGUAUAAUUUCGGACUCGGCAGUGACUGCCACUUCAAGCACUAAUGAAUACACAUCAGUGGACAUGACUGAACAAUCCAGUCAAACUGCAGAAGUGUCAGGGAAAACAAGUCAACAAACCCCAGUGUCAUCCUCCACACAUGGAACGGGUCCUUCAUUUCCCACCACAGGAACCACAGAAUUCAGCUCCACAACGCUAGUGACAAUGGCAACAGAAGGCACAAAACAGACAAGCCCAAUAGUGCCUACAUCAGAGGAAUCAGCAAGUCCCACUGUGUCUUCUUCAACUGAAGAUAGCCUUUCAACGCCAUUCAACUACUCAACACCCAUACCCUUAACAACGCAUCCAUUUGUCAGUUCUGAACCGACAGCAUCAACCUCAACAGAGUACACAUCAAGUAAAUUAACUGGACAAACUUCUGAAUCUUCACCAGCACCAGACCAAACAAGCCAGCAAUCGUCAACAUUUCCAACCACAGAUGACCACAGGGCAUCAUUUUCAACAGUUGAAUAUAAUUCCACAACGAUGUCGCCAUCAUUCACAACAACUGCAAAUCAAACCCUUCUUACCACACCCAUAUCCACAGAAAUGCCAUCUUUAUCCUCUACUGAAGGCAUACAUUCACCAUCAACUCCCCAUUUGGCAACAACUGGCACAUCUCCAAGCAGUAUAAUUUCGGACUCGGCAGUGACUGCCACUUCAAGCACGAAUGAAUACACAUCAGUGGACAUGACUGAACAAUCCAGUCAAACUGCAGAAGUGUCAGGGAAAACAAGUGAACAAACCCCAGUGUCAUCCUCCACACAUGGAACAGGUCCUUCAUUUCCAACUACAGCAACAACAGAAUUCAGCUCCACAAUGGUAGAGACCAUUGUAACAGAAGGCAUAAUCCAGACAAGUCCAAUAGCCCCUACAUCAGAGGAAUCAACAUUUCCCACUUUGUCUUCCUCAACUGUAGAUGUCCUUUCAACACCUUUCACCUACUCAACACCCAUACCCUUAACAACGCAUCCAUCAAUUAGUUCUGAACCGACUGAAAGAAGCUCAACAGAGUACACAUCAAGUAAAAUAACUGGACAAACUUCUGAACCUUCACCACCACCAGAGCAAACAAGCCAGCAAUCGUCAACAUUUCCAACCACAGAUGACCACGGGGCAUCAUUUUUAACACCCAUUGUAACAGAAGGCAUAAUCCAGACAAGCCCAAUAGUGCCUACAUCAGAGGAAUCAACAUAUCCCACUUUGUCUUCCUCAACUGAAGAUGUCCUUUCAACACCAUUCACGUACUCAACACCCAUACCCUUAACAACACAUCCAUCAGUCAGUUCUGAACCGACUGAAACAACCUCAACAGAGUACACAUCAAGUAAAAUAACUGGAAAAACUUCUGAAUCUUCACCAGCACCAGACCAAACAAGCCAGCAAUCGUCAACAUUUCCAACCACAGAUGACCACGGGGCAUCAUUUUCAACAGUUGAAUAUAAUUCCACAACGAUUCAACAAACCCCAGUGUCAUCCUCCACACAUGGAACAGGUCCUUCAUUUCCAACAACAGGAACAACAGAAUUCAGCUCCACAACGCUAGUGACAAUGGCAACAGAAGGCACAAUCCAGACAAGCCCAAUAAUGCCUACAUCAGAGGAAUCAGCAAGUCCCACUGUGUCUUCUUCAACUGAAGAUAUCCUUUCAACGCCAUUCAACUACUCAACACCCAUACCCUUAACAACGCAUCCAUCAGUCAGUUCUGAACCGACAGCAACAACCUCAACAGAGUACACAUCAAGUAAAAUAACUGGACAAACUUCUGUAUCUUCAACAACACCAGGUCAACCAAAUCUGCAAUCAAGCACAGAUAGUGCCACAACUAUACUACCAACCUCCACAGGAAGUUCAACGAUAUCAUUUCCUAUUACAAACACAAAUAAUGUUUCAGUUUCCACACAGCCCACCCACUUCACUUCCAAAGAUCUGUUACCUUCAACUUCUGAAUCAAUCAUAUCAACUGUUGUUCCCAGUCCUGUAUACACAUCAAAAGAAACGCCUUUGCCACCAGUCAGUUUCAGCUCCACAACCCCAAAAACAUCAACAUUAGGUCCAACCCAUACAACUUUAUCUUCGUCAACCCCAAAACACUUAUCUUCUCUAUCAACUGUCACUGCUGUCACCGUCAAAAACUGUACAGAUUGCCAGUGUAAUGGUGCACCGUGUUUUUUUAACGUAAAUUCUGGGUUGUGUGAAUGCAACUGCACCGAUUCCACUUAUGGUGAUUCAUGUAGUUUUGCAACUGAUACAAGACCUGUUAUAGUAUCUGCGGAGAGACUGACAAGAAAGUCAAACAUUUCUUUGAGAAUUAUGAAGAAAUACACUCCUGACUUUGAGGAUUUGAACUCGGAGGCAUCCAAAGACUUGAUUUCUGUCUUAUCACGUGAGCUUUCGGAUAUUUGCAGAAGAGCAGAUCCACAAAACUUCAGAGAUAUAAAGAUCAUCAGACUAUUACCUGGAAGCAUCAUUGUCAAAAGCAUCGCACAGUACAACUAUCCCAACAACCAAUCACAGAUAGAGUUCCUCAACAAGGAUCUCAAACUCUCUUUAACAAAGUUGUUUAAUGAUUCUGAUUUGCUGAACCGUUUAAGUGAAGCACUUGGAAAUGUUUCUGUUCAGGAUCCAGAAGUUCUAAUGCAGCCAACUGAAAUAGCAAACAUUACAGACCUGAAACCGUACAUGAGUUGUAAGUCAGAUUUUGCCAACUACACACUGAAUAUUGUGGAAGGUGCCUGGGUGUGUGAGGGGCCAUGCAAAAAGAACCCCAGCUACUGCAACAAUCAUGGGGAUUGUGUGAACGUGAAAACCGGCCCAAUGUGCUUAUGCUACAAGAAUUCCUUUGAAGAAUAUCAUGGAUCACAGUGCGAACUUUUCCGCAGAGGUGCAGGGUUUUAUGCUGCGCUCUUCGGGAGUUUAGGAGCUCUUCUUCUUCUUUUCAUCAUUGUGAUAAUCGUGAUUGUAGUUGUACGAUUGAGGCACAAGAGAUGCUGGUCCCCAAGCAGCAGCAGCUGUGGGUCGAGCAAGUUGGACUUGUUUGGUGACUACUUCUUUGACUUCUCUGGCCAAGGUCAAGAUUGUCAAUUUCAGAAGUAUACUUUACAUGAAAGCCUCCAAGACGCAGAGGUCGGGACACAUCUUUAG